CUUACUCUACUUGAAUUCGCUUAAUUAUAAGCAUCAACACAAACGUCUACAUUUCGAAUUACUUGUAUCGCGAUGGAGAAGCAAGAAGCAGAACUCAUCUUUAUCCCUUUCCCGAUCCCUGGACACCUUCUCGCCACUAUCGAACUAGUAAAACUAAUCCUCACCCACGGCCGUCGUCGGAUCCACACCAUCACCAUCCUCCAUUGGGGUUUACCUAUCUUCCCUCCGUCUGACAACGACGCUUCCCUCCAGACCCUAGCCAAGACAGAGUCUCGCAUCCGUAUCGUUACCUUGCCCGAGCUCCAAAACCCUCCACCAAUGGAGUUCUUCUUAAAAGCUCCCGAAUAUUACAUUCUUGAAUUCGUCAAGAAAAUGGUUCCUUCGGUCAGAGACGCUGUCUCGACUGUCUUGUCUUCCUCUCGUGAUGGUUCAGACACGGCUCGUGUCGCGGGUAUUGUCCUCGACAUGUUCUGCGUCCCUUUGAUGGAUGUCGGAAAUGAGUUUCACCUCCCUUCUUACAUUUUCCUCACUUGUAACGCCGGAUUCUUGUGUUUGGUGAAACACGUUCAGGAGAGACACCGUCGCGUCAAAUCGGGAUUCGACCGGAGCUCCGGCGAAGAGGAGAAUAUUGUUCCUGGAUACGUCACCUCUGUUCCCACGAAGGUUUUGCCACUUGGUCUGUUGACAAGCGAACCCUACGACACUUGGGUCGAUAUGACCGAAAGGUUUCAUGAAGCUAAGGGCAUUUUGGUGAAUUCAUCUAAAUCUAUCGAGCCUAACGCUUUUAGUUAUUUCGAGAGUAUACCCGUAUAUGAUUACCCACCCGUUUACCCAGUGGGUCCGAUUCUCUACUCCAACGAUCGUUCGAUUUUGGACCCAUUGGAGCGAGAUCGGGUCAUGACGUGGCUCGACAAGCAACCCGAGUCAUCGGUAGUGUUCCUCUGUUUCGGGAGCUUGAUGAAUCUCCCCGCAACUCAGAUCAAGGAGAUAGCUCAAGCUUUAGAGAUCGUCGGCUGCAAAUUCCUCUGGUCUAUUCGAACAGACCCGAAGGAUUAUCCGAGCCUGAGCGAGAUUUUACCGGACGGGUUUUUGAACCGGGUCUCCGGUCUGGGCUUUGUGUGUGGUUGGGCUCCCCAAGUUGAGAUUUUGGCCCAUAAAGCGAUCGGAGGUUUCUUGUCUCACUGUGGUUGGAACUCAAUACUCGAGAGCUUGCGUUUCGGCGUUCCAAUCGCCACAUGGCCGAUGUUCGCGGAACAACAAUUAAACGCGUUUACAAUGGUGAAGGAGCUUGGUCUGGCGUUGGAGAUGCGUUUGGAUUAUCUGUUAGCAGAUGGAGAAAUAGUGAAAGCUGAUGAAAUCGCUAGAGCCGUCCGAUCUUUAAUGGAGGGUGAGGAUGUGCCUAGGAGGAUACUGAAGGAGAUAGCUGGAGCAGCAAAAGAGGCUGUGAUGGACGGUGGAUCUUCCUUUGUUGCAAUUGAUAGAUUCAUCGACAAGGUGGUGGUAUCUGCUAUGGACUGUUCCAAGUCUAGAUAAUACUAAAUCAUCUUACAUUUACUCCCUUUAUUAUUAUAUGUAUUAUAAAUCAUUACUACGUUUAUUAUUAAUUCAAAGA